GCUAAUUUUUCACAUUUACGCGUGUCGUAUGCCCGUUUGCCUGUUUGUUGCUUCAAGCGUAUUUUCUAUUUGUACGCACAUGCGCUUACGCUUUUGACUUGUGCAACAGAUCGCCGCGGCCGUACAUUUUUGGGCGCGUUUGCCGCGUAACUAAAUUUUAUUUGCACACAUUUUUCGCGUGCUGCUGCAAAUAAACAGAAAGACUACGUUGACGACGACGCGACAACGAUGCUGAAAAGUGAAAAUAUUUGUUACCGGAUUUUUGGCCUGUGGCCGCUGGCGUUGGUCUUUUUGAUUACACUACAGCUGCUGGUCGGCACCGCGGAGGCCUUCACUAUACUCUCGCCAUUCAGUUACACAUCGUUGAGUUUUAAGAAUCUACUAAACUCGGUGCUAUUGGCGAGUAAUGCGAAUUUGGCUGGCGGUGGCCGAAAUCUCAAAUCAGAUGUGCUCGAGGAUGCGUCUUUGAUAACGCCGAAAUUAAUACGCAAGUACGGUUAUCCAUCGGAGACGCAUACCGUGGUGACAAAGGAUGGCUAUAUCCUGGAGAUGCAUCGCAUACCGAAGCGCGGCGCCCAGCCGGUGCUGCUGAUGCACGGCAUACUGGACACGUCGGCCACGUGGGUGCUAAUGGGGCCCAAGUCGGGGUUGGGUUAUAUGCUCUCCGACCUGGGCUACGAUGUGUGGAUGGGCAAUGCGCGUGGCAAUCGCUAUUCGAAAAAUCACACCAGCCUCAAUAGCGAUUACCAGGAAUUCUGGGAUUUCACCUUUCACGAAAUGGGCAAAUACGAUUUGCCCGCAAACAUCGAUUAUAUCCUCAGCAAAACAGGCUACGACCAAUUGCACUACGUGGGACACUCGCAGGGCACAGCCGUCUUUUGGGUCCUCUGUUCGGAGCAGCCCUCCUACACACAAAAAAUUCUCUCCAUGCACGCAUUGGCGCCGAUCGCCUUCAUCUCGGACAUGAAGAGUCCACUGUUUCGUACUUUGGUGGUUUUUCUGGAUUUCCUCACGGCGGCGACGCGCAUGUUACGCAUUACUGAAUUUAUGCCCAACACAAAGCUGUUUGUGGAUCACAGCCAGGUGGUGUGUCAUGACAAUGCAAUGACACAGGACGUCUGUUCGAAUAUCCUGUUUCUGGUGGCCGGCUACAAUUCGGAGCAGUUGAACAAGACUAUGCUGCCUGUCAUGCUAAGUCACACACCCUCCGGCGCAUCAAUCAAGCAACUGGAGCACUUCGGGCAACUCAUGAAGUCGGGACAUUUUCGUAAAUUCGAUCGUGGCUAUUUGCGCAAUCAACUCGAAUAUAAUCGCAUCACACCGCCCGAUUAUGAUCUGUCCAAGGUGAAGGUGCCGGUCGCACUCUAUUACUCGAUGAACGACAUGCUGGUGUCGACGACGGGCGUCGAUCGUUUGGCGCGCGAAUUGCCCAAUGUGAUUGACAAAUAUUUGGUGCCCAUGGAGAAGUUCAAUCAUUUGGACUUUUUAUGGGCGAUCGAUGUCAAGUCGCUCGUGUACAAUCGCCUUGUGAGGAAUAUUCGACGCGUGGAGAAUUAUAAGCAAAAGCAGACGCAACAAAUUAAUGCGAGCAUACAACAGUUAGGUGCGCAAUUGCAGCAACAGCAACAGCAACAACAACAACAAGAAGAAGAGCUGCGCAAACAGCAGCUAGUACAACAACAGCAAGUGGAACCAAAACAACAACAGAGAAGCGUCAAUUUGCGUUCGCAAUCAAACUUAAAUUAUCAUUCGAUUUCAGCCGCCAAUGUAAAUUCCAAUACAAUUGGCAGCGCUAGCCAGCGCGUAAAUGUGCGCUUACACCCGCAUAGCGUACUUCAUGCGGUGCGCGUAGCGUUGCCAAAGAUCAUGCCGACGCCAGCGACAACACCAAUGCCCACGCAAACGACUUCGCUGCCGCUGCUGUUAAUGACGACAACGUCGACGACCCGUUCAAAAUUCAUAACCAAUUUGACACCGAAUUUUCAAACGAAUCCACCCAUAAGCAUCGAUUCUAACUCGAAUGUGAAUCAAGAUUCAACUGUGAUAAUUCCGAAUGUACACCCGGUUUAUAAGCCAGAGGACGAUGGGGGUGCGGAAGCGCCUAAGGGUUCUGAUGGCGAUGAAAGUUCUAGAGGAGACACAAGUACCACGCCACAGUGGUCAGGCGAUUCGAGUACCGAGCUCAAUGCGGAAGUUACGACAGUAAUGGCCUUGCUUGAAAGGCCGCAUGUGCCAGCGAGCGCGUGAGGCAUAACCUGAUUUACAUUAGUUUUAGCAACGCUUUAGUUAGGUGUUAUAUGUCUAUUUUAAGUUUUUACGUGUUUGAUUUUUUUUUUUUUUUAAUUAUUUUCGUUUCAUAGAUAGCUUGGCUAACCUUUUUCAUUUUCAGAAUUCCACACUUUGGUUUAUUCACGUUUGCUUUUAACAAUUUUUAUUUUUUAUGUUUAGAUUAUUUUUGCUUUUAGAUCCUUGUAAAUCAAUAUUUGAUCACAUCACAAAAGUUAAUUUUAAUAUUGUGUUUAAUGUAGGUAUGCGGAAGUUAUCCUUGUAGCCAAAAUUCUAUAGAGUAAACAGUGGACGUGACCACCUCCAAGCUCCAAUGUUUUGCCAACCUAUAACAACCUGUGGAGCAAGAGCUUGAGCCGCAAGAACUAUUUUAGCGACAGAACGGUUGCCAAAUAAAUUUUGUUACAAACGGAUUUGAGUAAUAUUGAGUAUAUUAUCUAUAAAUAUAGAGAAAUUAGGGUCUUCGUUGCCACAAGUUCUAUCUCCA